CUUACAAGGUGAAUUGAUUGAUUGAUCGAGUGGGAAGCAAGAUCCGUAAUCUGUGCCACCAUGGGUCCGAUAUCUUUCGACAGAACUUUUCUCGGCGGACCUAACGUCACGGAGGACCCUUAGGAUGUUGAAGGGGCGGGGGACAAAGAAUGCCGUAUAUCGAAGUAUAAAUGUACAGCGUCAGCACUUGUAUCCGUAGUCUCAUUCCAAACUCAUACCAAACACUUCCAUCAACAAUCAACAAGAGUAUCUAAACAACAUCCAAUAAUCCUUUGUUCUAUACACCUAUCCAUUUCACCUUUCAAUCAAAAUGACUUCGCAAACUCCAGUCUGGUUCAUCACUGCUGCCAGUUCGGGCUUCGGAAAGUACAUUGCUCUAGAGGCUCUCUCCCGCGGCCACAAGGUCAUCGCCAGUGCACGAAGCACGUCGAGGAUCCAAGACCUUGCUGAAAAGGGGGCGGAUACUGUGGUCCUCGACGUCACAUCACCUCUGCCGGAAAUCAAGAAAGUCGCGAAAGAGGCCAAUGACAAAUAUGGCCACAUUACACAUCUUGUCAACGCUGCUGGUUACAUCCUCGCUGGUGCAGUAGAGGAAACUUCACCACAAGAAGACUACGACACUUUCAACACCAAUGUGUUUGGAGCAUUGAAUGUCAGCAAAGCCUUCCUACCAUAUAUCCGCGCCACGGAAGGCGAAAAGACGAUUUCGAACUUCGGAUCAAUUGCCUCUUGGUCUGGUGGUCCUGGCUAUGGCCUGUACUGCGGCACCAAGUGGGCCAUUAGCGGUAUCAGCGAAUCUAUGCGAGCAGAGCUCGAACCUUUUGGUAUCAAAGUCACCGUCAUUGAGCCUGGAUACUUCAGGACUGGAUUUCUCAAUGCGGGAGCGAGAGUCAACUCUGAGCAGCGCAUCAAGGCGUACGACGAUACUCUGGUUGGUCAGGUCAGGGCCGGUUUGGACGCCACCGAUAACAACCAGCCUGGCGAUGUUAUCAAAGGUUCGAAAGUGAUAGUGGACAUCUUGACCCAUUCUGGAAAAGCCGAAGGGAAGGACAUUCCAGAACGUGUGGCUCUAGGAUCCGAUUCACCACCCUACAUCAAAGGCAAGCUCGAGAGAACCGAAGCGUUGUUGAAGGAAUGGAACGCAAUCACCACCGAUACAGACCAUAAAUAAACGUUUCGUUUAGAGUGAAGGUGCGGCUUUGAAACGCGGAAGUCAACGUUUCAGAACGUGAUGGGAGCGUUUUAGUUAUAGGAGUCUCCUUAAAAGUCCAAUUACAUUAAUUAUUUCAAUCAAUUGACAAAGGAUUACAACC